AUGCUGCGCAAGAUUGGUUUGCACUCUCAUGGCGCUUACGAUAGCGGCGGUCCCGCUUCCGGUGAACCUUCUGCUGGGCACGGGCUUGGCCUCGAAGGGGCACCAUCCUCUAAAUCAGAUCCUCAAUCGCGUGUUAGAGCACGAUCUUCCGUGGGCUUUCCUGUCGAAGCCUCCCAUCGCGCUGGUACAACACCGUUCCAGCGUAGAAGCGGAGGUGAUAUACUCCGCAGCCCAUCCAACGCGACUUCUGUGUUUCCUAGCACAGAGAAUGUGUUACAAGCAGGAAGCCAAAUUUCUGACCCUCUGGGGCUUCACCUAGUCUACGGCAACUCUCAUCCCAGUGGGGAUAUCAUAUUCGUACAUGGGUUGGGAGGUUCGGCGAGAAAGACGUGGUCUUGGGAUAGGAAUGUGGACUACUUCUGGCCCGUGUGGCUGGCUGAAGAAGAUCGAUUGUCGUCUUACAGGAUUUUCACGUAUGGAUACAACUCCAAUUUCAAGGGCGCUGGGACCAACCUCAAUAUCAUCGACUUUGCCAAAGACCUUCUGUUCCAGAUGUUAGUCUUCUCCGAUGGGCUCGGAGAGGAUCGCCUACCUAUUGGCCGGCAGCCCAUCAUAUUUGUUGCGCAUUCCAUGGGAGGCUUGGUAGUCAAGAAGGCGUAUGUGCUCGGAAAGCAUGAUGGCCAAUAUGCCCAUAUCGUUUCAAAAACACAUGGGAUCAUGUUCCUUGCCACGCCACAUAGAGGCGCACACUACGCGAAGAUUCUUAACAACAUUCUGUCGACAGCACCGCUUGGUGCACCGCCAAAGUCUUAUGUUGAGGACCUGGACACACACUCACGAACUCUACAAGAUAUAAACGAACAAUUCCGAACCUUGUGCGGCGACCUGUCCCUGGUGUCCUUCUUUGAGACCCUUAAGACAAGCUUUGGCAUAACGAAGUCCCUUAUCGUCGAGAAAGAGUCAGGAGUCUUGGGGUAUCCUCAAGAAACAUCAAAUCCUCUGAAUGCAGACCAUCACACCAUCUGCAAGUUCAAGAGCAGGGAGGAUGGAAACUACAUUAGUGUGAAGAGCAUGCUCAAAUUGUGGGCGUCGAAACUGUCUCAGCCGCGUGUUCAAAGAAGUACUCUUCGGUACGGUCCUCCUGGAGCUCUCAUGCGACCUCCGUCCAUGUCAACAGACAUGGAUCAAAUCGGCUCGUUGACCGAUUGGGGACAUGUCGCUUUUAUGCACCUGGGCGCUGAAGAUGCGCCUGAGGGCGAAGUGGCUCUCAGAGAAGUCAUACUCGACGGUCCUUGUUCAUUUAACGGCGGGUUUACAAACAAGUCUGCUAAGACCAGCAGCACAUUUGGCCUGUUCAAGAGCAUAGAAGCCAUAAUGGGUGUACGAGAACGCGCCGAGGAAGAAUUCAAGACCUUCCGCAGUAAGGCAAUGAGCGGAACUUGCCAAUGGAUUACGCGCAAACAAGGCUUCUUGGAAUGGAUUGAAGGACGUGAGGCAUCUCAGAGCCCCAGCAUCUUUUGGCUCAUCGGCCUUCCUGCUAUGGGCAAAACAAUACUUGCCAGUUAUGUCAUAGACUACCUUCUACUCCAUGGUGCUAGUAAAGACUGUCAAUAUCACUUUUUCUCUGCCGGCCAUCAAAACAAACGGACAGCAGCGUAUUGUCUUCGCUCCAUCGCCUCCCAGCUUGCAUUCGCAAACGAAGAAUUCAGAGAGAGACUGUUCACUUUAAGCGAAGAAACGGGCAUUUCGUUCAGCUCACAAGACCAAAAUCUUGGCGUCAUAUGGGAGAAAAUAUUCGAAGGAAUAAUCUUCAAAAUGGAGGUAGAGCCUUUGUGUUGGGUGUUGGACGCCUUUGAUGAGGCGGACGUGCCGUCAACGCUGAUCAGCAGCCUUAUGAAAAUUCGUUCAUUGACACCAAUCAGAAUAUUCAUUACCAGCAGACCAAUAAGGGUACCAUCUGGACCUGCGACAUGUGGAUCCUCGAUCAAUACCUGCUUCCUCUCUGAAGAUGACACAGGUGGUGACAUUCAAGCAUAUGUUCGCAACGCCGUCCGCGAAGCCUUACCGGACGAUGAACAACAAAUCCGGGACGACAUCAUAGAGCAGGUCCUGUCAAAAGCCGGAGGCUCCUUUCUCUGGGUUAAAUUGGCCCUUGAGACAUUGCAUGACAAUUGGCAUACGCAGGAUGACAUCCGUAAAGUCUUGACUGAAAUGCCAAAGGGAAUGGGACACCUGUACAUUCGAAUGCUAGAAAUUAUCAAGACCCAGUCUCCUAGGUUGCAGCUUAUGGCAAAGAGGAUAUUGACAUGGACUGCCUGCUGCUGGAGGCCUCUUGGCAUCGCUGAAUUGCAGACUGCUUUGGAACCUGAGUUCUCAGGAUUUGUAAGAUUGCAGGAGACAAUCGUUCAAAUAUGUGGUAAUUUCAUCUCCAUGGACAAUGACAAGGUGUGCUUGAUACAUACGACAGCCCGCCAAUUUCUCCUAAAUGGCUGGGAUGGCGCACCGGCGUUCAUCGACUCUGGGCAUGGCCACGAGCACAUUGCAACCGUCUGCUUGAAACAUCUCUGUGACGAGAAAUGGAAACGCAUUUUCAAGACCGUCGAGACCUCCACCAUUACAGCCACAGGGACGGCACCCCAAAAGAAUCGGCUACUGCUUGCCGAGAACAGAAACCCGUUCCUCGGCUACUCAGUAUGCUAUUACGCUUACCAUGUUUCUAAGUCAACCCUGGAUUCGGAGCAAUUACCAGCGGUCCUGAAGAACUUCUUUGUAAGAUACUGCCUUUCCUGGAUAGAGGCCAUUGCAUUAUCAAGAAAUCUUAGAUAUCUCACGAGGUCGGCUCAAUAUUUGAAGGCCUACGCAAAGAGGAGAUCGCGCAGACCAACCCUCAAUGAUGUUGACUCUCCCUUGACUUUAAAAGAUUCUGACAGCGAUGACUCAAGAAGCAUACAUCUAUGGGCAAUCGACUUCAUUCGUAUAGUAGGAAAGUUCGGACCUAAUUUGAUUCAGAACCCAUCAUCAGUGUACCGACUUAUUCCUCCAUUUUGCCCUCGUGCCUCAAUGAUAGGCACCGUAUAUGGCCCACAGGAAGGAUCGAUCUCUGUGACUGGACUGCCUUCGGAAGGGUGGGAUGAUUGCCUCGCAAGUGUGAGCGUCGGGAAGGAGGAAGCGGCAUCUAAAGUCCUUGCGACGGAUGCAUUCUUUCUGACAUUGGUCAGUAGCAGCGGGACUGUAGUUGUAUGGUAUGCCGAGACCUGCGAAGAGGCUCGAAGGAUCCGACAUGGGGAGUACAUCUCAUUCAUGGAAAUGAGUCGGUCUCAGAGCCUUCUGGCGACGGCAGGCAGCGAAAGCUAUCGAAUAUGGGAUAUCUCAUCUGGCAGACAGCUGUACCAGCUUGAGAAAACGUCUCGGGCCCUCACCAUGGCAAUAGCUUUUGGCAGCGCUGGGUCCGAACUGAUUGUCGGCCUUGAUGAUUGCUCAGUAACGUGCUAUGAUCUCGAAGCAUCACGACAGAAAUGGCAAUUUACUUUACCUACUUAUGGGGAUUAUGGUGGUUGUCCCCUCAUUAUGACCAUCAGCCCAGACUUGACCAAGCUUGCAGUGGCCUGGAGGGGGAAGCUCCCCGUGGUGUGGGACGUGUUCGGGACCGAGUCUCAACGGCCCUUACGAUGCCGAGUUCGGAGCAGCACAGACGCGCUGUCUUCUCCCUUGACGAUGCAAUGGCAAGCCGACGCAAACUCGAUCCUCAUUCUUUGUCACGAUACGAAACUCAUCGAGUGGCACAUUUACGAUGAGGAGCAGCACGAGUUCGAUCAUGUCAAGCCUCAUGAGAUGACUAUGAGCCAGGACGGUAAUUUUCUGCUCACAAGUAACCAUAUGGGCACAAUCAGCGUCUACGCUUUCCCAAGACUUAGUCUCAUUUACCAACUGGUCAAUGAGAACGAGUUCAUCGAAAAUCUAGCCUUCAGUCCCGACGGUCAGCGCUUCUAUGACAUACGUGGUUCCAUCUGCAAUGUAUGGGAGCCCGACGCCCUUGUAAGACCUGAUGACUAUGAACUCGAAGAUCGAGGAAGCUCCAUAGCGACUGAGCCCGUGAUAGCACAUGAUGAAAGCAGCCAGACUCAUGUCACGGCAUUCGCCUAUGGCUCUGUAGAUAAAUUCUACUGCGCUGGCCGUGAGGACGGCACUGUCUGCAUUCAUGACGCCAUUGAUGGCAAGAAAGUGCGUAAAGUCUCCGCUCAUUCAUCUCACAGCUCGAUCAUAAUACUUGCUUGGUCCCCCUCCGGCAAAUACAUAAUAUCCGGGGAUGACUCCGGCCGGAUUGUCGCAAAAAGGGUUGAAUUGAAAGGAAGUAAUGCAUUCGGCGUUUUUCCAGUCUUCGACUUUCGAAUAGAUGAGCCAGUGCAGCAGUUCUUACUGAAUGAUUCCGAAAAACUGCUUCUCAUUUCGACAUCCUCUAGUGACAGAUUAUGCGAUCUCAAGUCAAAAAAAGAGUUGUGCUAUCGAAGAUGGAGCUCAAGCCAAGGCAGGAGAUGGAUCCAGCACCCCUUCAACCGUGAGCUCCUUAUAUGGAUUGAUCCGUCCGUGGUUCAUACCUAUAGUUGGAAGGUACUGGGGCAUGCUGAUCCGGUGGAAAUUCCGCCAGUGGAGCCCGUCCCACCAAACCCCACCGCAUCCCACGGCAAAGUCGUUUAUUGGGUCGCCUUGACCAACAACAAACAGUACAUCGUCUACCUAUCUGGCGCGGGCCAUACAGACACGCAGUUAUCAAGCGGCCUGCAUCUCGAAUUUCUCUCUACUUCUGACCUCCAGGUUCAGCAUCCGCACUCACUGACUAGUGAUUGUAUGACCGACCUCACGGCUCAAAUCAAACGUUUGAUAGGCACCUAUCAAGAUCGAAUCGUCUUCCUUGAUCACGACUAUUGGCUCUGUACCUGGAGGAUAGAUGCUGGUCUUAACGAUGUGAAGAGACAUUUUUUUUUGCCGAAGGACUGGCUUAAUCACAACACGCUGCAUAUGGCUACAUUGAAUGCACAUGGAACUUUCUUUUGCCCGAAACACGGAGAUGUAGCCAUUGUGAGACACGGAAUGCGGUUUUAG